ACGCUUCAAACCCUUAUUUAAAUAUUGGCGCCGAUUUAACUAGCGGUACGUACGGAGUACUUUUGUCUCACUUUGCGUAAUAAAUAAUCAUUCACGGGAACGAUUUUGAGUAACAUGUGCACGCCGGCAAAGAUUAAAAAAUUAGAUGAAGUCGUGGUGAAUAGGAUCGCAGCCGGGGAGGUGAUCCAAAGGCCGUCAAACGCGUUGAAAGAAUUAAUAGAGAAUAGCCUGGAUGCCAAAGCAACGAAUAUACAAAUCACUACAAAGGAAGGAGGCCUGAAGCUGCUGCAGAUCCAAGACAAUGGUACGGGCAUUCGGAAAGAAGACAUGGACAUCGUGUGCGAAAGAUUCACAACUAGUAAGUUGCAGAAAUUUGAGGAUCUCGGUACACUCACAACGUUCGGAUUUCGGGGGGAAGCUCUGGCCAGUAUCAGUCACAUAGCGCUUCUCAGUAUCACGACGAAAACUGCAGAUGAAAAGUGUGCCUACAAAGCAUCGUACAUUAAUAGCAAGCUAAAGGCACCGCCAGCACCUUGCGCUGGAAAUCAGGGCACCGUAAUAACAAUAGAGAAUCUGUUUUACAACGUGGCAACUCGAAGGAAGGCUCUGUCGAAUCAGUCCGAGGAAUUUAGCAAGAUCACGGAGGUAGUUAUGAGAUACGCCGUGCACAAUCCAACGGUGGGAUUUACGUUAAAGAAGCACGGUGAGCCGAGUCCACAAGUUCGAACGCCACACAAUUCAACGAAACAAAGUAACGUAAGAAUAUUAUACGGUAACCCAGUCGCUCGUGAACUAUUGGAGGUGGAGCUUGCGGACGAGGCUUAUAAGUUUAAAAUGCACGGUUUAGUGACAAAUGCAAAUUACACAAAUAAACGGAUGGUGAUGCUCCUGUUUAUUAACAAUCGUUUGGUCGAUUCCUCUUCGAUCCGUAAAAUGUUGGAGGAAUUGUAUUCCGUGUACCUCUCAAAAAAGGCCCAUCCAUGGUGUUACAUAUCUCUGGACAUCAAUCCGCAAAAUAUCGAUGUUAACGUACAUCCAACGAAACAUGAAGUGCGCUUUCUUCACGAAGAUUCGAUAAUUGAGAGGAUGAAGUUCGCUCUAGAUGAGAGGCUGACCGGUAACAGCGCGUCUAGAACGUUUUACUUGCAAGCCAGACUGCCGAAAGCAGACAUAACUAAAGAAGUUCUCGAAGAAGUAUUGCCGGAGUACGACAAGGCGAAUCCGAAUAAAUCAAAAAAAAUUUAUCAGAAGGAAUUGGUGAGGACGGAUUCGUCCGAUCAGAAGCUGGACAGAUUUAAUUUUACCAUACACUCUGCCUCCCAUGCUAAAGAAAGUGUUGACGCUACCACGAAAGAAUCGUCACCGAACGUGGAAUCUGAAUCUCUUAAUCCAUUAGAAAAAGAUGUAUCUGCUAUCACCACAGGAAAUCCGCCUGCUCAUGGUCAAGAUAAAGAUUUAAAUUUGAAUCGAAGUGACGUGGAAAACGAUCUUCCGCUACAAGAAACUCCAGUUCGUGAUAGUUCAAUACAUUGGGAAGAUCUAGUAGAUGCGAAAACUUCAGCCUCAUCAGAUUCGCAAAACACUUGUAAUCCCAUUGCUCCUGCAGAAAAUGACAAGUCGGAAAAUGUUCGUCCGGAGUCGAACACGUUCGACAUUUCCGAAUUUUUACGAGACUUGGACGAAACGGCGGAUAGUCGCGCAGCAGACGAGUUGGAAACGGAUACCGUAGCCGAGAGAGCCCUCAAGCAAGUGUAUCAAUAUUUCGGAAACAAAGAGAUUAUCGAUAGAAAGACAAAUGUAGAGGAACAAAAAACACAAACUACAUCGCAGGAUAUGAGUGAUAAUAAUAAGGACGGAGGUGAAAGUUCGGUACCUGAUGCAACUCAAUCUGACAAUGUACUUCCACCUGAGGGCGAUUCUUCCGCCGAUAGAUCUCCAAAGGCUGCAAAGCAAUUCAAGUCAUAUUCCAUAAAUAAUUUUAAACACGAGGUAAAAUUAACGAGCAUCUUACAGUUGCGCAAGGAAGCUGAAGAUGAAUGUCACGAGGGACUGAGAAAUAUUCUGGACAACUUGACAUUCGUCGGCUGCAUCGAUCAGAAUUCAGCUUUGAUACAGAGCGGAGUGAAUCUGUAUAUUUGCAACAGUAAAAAGUUGACGGAAGAACUUUUUUAUCAGAUUAUGCUGUACGAUUUUGCAAAUUUUGGUGUCAUCAAAUUUUCGGAACGGAUAUCGUUGUUCGACUUAGCGAUGAUUGCUUUAGAUUCGGGUGAGACCGGAUGGACCGAAGAGGAUGGUCCAAAAGAAGAACUAGCGGCGAGGGUAAAAGAGCUGCUUUUAGAAAAGGCGGACAUGAUGAACGAAUAUUUUUCAAUUGUUCUGGAUAAAAUGGGAAAUUUAAGAUCGUUACCUAUGUUAUUAGAUAAAUAUUUUCCAUACGAAGCAGAAAUUCCAUUGUACAUAAUGCGAUUAGCAACGGAGGUUGAUUGGAGGAAGGAGCAAUCAUGCUUCCAAAAUAUCUGCCGAGAAACGGCAAGGUUUUACAGUUAUAUCAAUCCAAAGCAUCAGUCGCACGAUUGGAAGUACGUAACCGAACACGUUUUAUAUCCUGCAAUCAAAGAGAGUUUACUUCCGCCGAAGCAUUUCGCUCACGACUCGACGAUAUUGCAAAUCGCCAGUUUACCAGACUUGUACAAAGUAUUUGAGAGAUGUUGAAAUGUAUUUUUUACCUUGUAAAAAAAUAUAGAAUGUGAAACAACUUGUACACUAUGACACAAACUGAAUAAUUUAAAUCGAAACUGUAAUCAAGUGUUUAAUUUAUAUAAAUCGUACAGAGUAUUACAAAACUUAUGAUAAUUUUUCAUAUUAAGACACGUCACAGACUGAAGAUAAAAUGAAACAUGUAUCAUCAUUUUCGUUAUAUAAUUUGCGUGACAUUUAUCAUCUUCCGCAGCAAUUUUGACAUCUAUGAUGCGAAUAAUAAUGUAUUUAUAUGAUAAAAACAAUUUUGAUGCAAGUACGACAAUAUACGACAAGCGUCUUUAUGUACAGGUAUAUUUUUUUGCUCUUGUACACUAUAAAAUAUUAACAUUGGAUUCCUAUUUUGUAUAUUAAACUUCGAAGAAAAUUAUAAUUUAUACCAAUUGUGCUAUAUGUCACAUUGUAAUGUGAUUUAACAAGUUGUCCCGUAAAAUAAAUGAUCUAUCU